AUUUUAUCUUUUAAACAUCCAUGAGAGUUUUGCCAGCAAGAGACUCCAGGCCUCUCUGGGUUCAACUGUAGUCCAUGUGUGUUUACAUUUACACUUGCAUGUGAUAAGAUUGCACUUGUUUCAGUGCAGCACUGGGCGCUCGUAAAAUCAUGCGCUGCAUAUCAAAGCUUUUACAGCACUGAAACACAUCAUGCUAUUAUUAAAAUAUAACAUACACUGACAUUACUGAUGAUAAACCAUUAAGUGACAGAAUAGGACUAUUGAUAACAUUUUAUGCAUACUUCCAUCCAUUUAGCUUGUAAAAACAUUACCAACCAGCAUUCUGCAAUCAACGUGCAUGUUUGGCAUUAACACUUUAAACCAAUAUAACUAUUAUUAGUCUGGUUUCAUCACCUGUCAAUCUGCAUUAUAUGACCUCGCAUCCUGCGACUUUGUUGAUAUAGUGCUGAGGGAUCAGUCUAUAACAAGUUAGUCACUCUCACCCCUUAUUUUUUGUGGGUGACCUGGAUAAACACAAUACUGUCUGGCACAAUAGGAUGACAUGUGAUCUGUACCCUUGUCUUUUGGUCUGAUGUGCAACAGAGAACAGUGGGAGUCAUAUAUGUAAAAGUGAACCGUGGACGAACUACUCCGAUAUACUGAGCCCUUUCUUACAUCGGUUAACCUUUAUUUGUUUACACGUACGUUCUAGAACAAAGUAGGCUAUUUUGUAAUAACUACGUCUCGAUCUUUUCCCGGAUUGUUACUCAAUAUACUGAGGUUACUUCUUCAAAUCUAAGAGUGCCACCCACACGAUCCUGCUGCAGACAUAUUAUUAGCUACAGCACUCGAUCAGAGGAAACUUCGUAGCUAAUGUACACACGGCUUUACAUUUCACCUUGCGGUAAUGUUUGCAAUGUUUUAAUUGGUCGCUUAGACCAAACCCGAAUAGUCUUCCUACGCUCCGUGAUUGGACGUCUGGUUACCAUGUGACAUCUCUUUAAGCCGUUUCUUCCGUUCGCGCACACACCAGGGUAGGAGGAAAGAAAUUUUUUUUAAACUUAAUGAGUGUGCACAAGACUGGAAGGUGCAAGAAAUUCUCUCUUCUUAGUUUGUCGUUGAAGUGUUAAGGAUUUAUUUCAGCGGCAGAGGUUUAUUUUCUGGAAUUUGACGGAAAUAAAUUAUUGUGACCUGUUUGCCACUUUAUGUAGGCUAUGGAAGUCGGACUGAAAUGUCCAAGUGACGGACCGUUGAUUAUUUUAGCAGACUGUGCAGUUCAGUAGUGGUGCUAGUGUUUGUAGUUAGUAACGUUACAUUAACGUUACAGUAACGUUACAGCCACAGCUCCAUUCAUUACUGUUUGCCUGAUGUAGCAUGCUAACAAGGUAGCACUCUAGAUUUGCUGUUCUGAGUAGGGGAGCACAAAUGUAAAGAGAGAGAGGUGGGAGGUUUAAUUUACUUUGAGUUUUCUGAUCUUUCCUUUAACAUUGAUUUCUUUGUGAGCUGUUUGAAAAGGUGUUGGCCAACAUCGCAAAGAAACCAGCUCGCAAGCAGAGCGGAGUCGGUUUCCUUUCGCUCAACUUCUAGUUUUUUGUUUGUUUGUUUUAACCGAUGGCUUUAGACAACAUAAAGCACGCUGCUUUACUUUCAACUUUGAUUAAAAUGGCCGAUGACAACGAUUUAAUAGAAUUCGUUAAAGAUCGACUUUAUUUUGCUACAUUAAGAAGCAAACCGAAGAGUACAGUAAAUACACACUAUUUCUGCACUGAUGACGAGUUUGUAUACGAAAACUUUUAUGCAGACUUUGGGCCUCUCAACCUUGCCAUGCUGUAUAGGUACUGCUGUAAACUCAACAAAAUGAUGAAGCUGGCCAGGUGUAGUUACCUUAUGUGUUCAUGUAUGGGAAUGUUGAAGUGUUUCUCACUGACCAGAAAGAGGAUUGUGCACUACACCAGCUUUGAGCAACGCAGGAGGGCUAAUGCUGCUUUCUUAAUCGGUGCCUAUGCUGUGAUCUACCUGAAGAGGACACCAGAGGAGGCGUACAGGGCUCUGAUCUCUGGCUCUAACGCGUCAUACAUGUCCUUCAGGGACGCGUCAUUUGGGGAGUGCACGUACAACGUGGCGAUUCUUGACUGUUUGCAAGGAAUCAGCAAGGCUCUGCAGCACGGUAUCUUGAACUUCGAGACGUUCAAUGUCACUGAGUACGAGCACUACGAGCGUGUAGAAAAUGGAGACUUUAACUGGAUUGUCCCAGGCAAGUUCCUGGCGUUCAGUGGGCCGCACCCGAAGAGUAAAGUGGACAAUGGCUACCCUCUCCAUGCCCCCGAGGCCUACUUCCCCUACUUCCGCAAGCACAACGUCACUACCGUCAUCCGCCUCAAUAAGAAGAUCUACGAAGCCAAGCGCUUCACGGACGCUGGCUUCGACCAUUACGACCUGUUCUUUGUGGACGGCAGCACACCCAGCGAUGUGAUCACCCGACGCUUCCUCCAUAUCUGUGAGAGCACCAGCGGUGCUGUGGCUGUCCACUGCAAGGCGGGUCUGGGCCGGACGGGAACUCUGAUUGGCUGCUACCUGAUGAAGCACUACCGGUUCACGGCGGCCGAAGCCAUUGCGUGGAUCCGGAUCUGCAGGCCUGGCUCAGUCAUCGGCCCCCAGCAACACUUCCUAGAGGAAAAGCAGGCGUCUCUGUGGGCUCAGGGAGACGCUCUGCGCUCCAAACAGCAGCAGACGGCCCGGCCGUACCAGGAGCGCAGCAUGGCCCUGUCCCGCCUCAUUUCCACCAUGGAUGGCUUCAGCAUCGGCACCGGCGGCCUCAAGCCUGGCGGCCCCGAGCGAUCGGACGAGAUCAGUGACUACGGUGAGAAUGGUCUCGACUUGACUCAAGGAGACAAACUACGUGCCUUAAAGGGCCAGCGGCAGCCCAGGGGGCCCAGCACCGGCGCGCUGAGUAGACUGCAUUCAGCUUCCAGCACCCAGGGCUCCAGCGCACACCUCAAACCCUCCAGAGUGCCCUCCUCUGCCUCUGCCAAGCGGAUCAGUCGAGCCUCUCCUUCCUCCAACUUCAAAGGCUCCUCUCUAAGAUCUAGAUUAGCCAACUCUCUGGGUAACCUGUAUGAUGCUGAAGAAGACUUUAGAAGUUCUGGACACCGGCCCUCCUCCUACUCCUCCUCUUUGUGCUCAUCUCCGUCCUCUCCCACCCCCCGUGUGACCUUUGGCAACCCCUCCACCCGGGCUGCCCACACCUACCACCAUGAAGUCAACAACAAUCAGUAUAACUCCUCCAAUGGCCCGAACGCCAAUGCCGUCAGCCCAGCCAAGAGCCUGACGUUAAGUAACCUCAACCAUAAUCACGCCCACAUCAGUCCAGGCCGGGCAUCCAUGGGGGACAGGUUCGUCAUGGAGGAACCAGGUCAGAACCAAGGCAACGCGGGCCUGAGCAGGCCCUCGGCACGCUACCUCAGCCGCUCCAUCCCAUCCCUUCAGUCGGAGUAUGUUCAGUACUAAAACGGCAAGCUUGCCCUGAUCCUGGACCAGUCGUAGCCCGCCAGCACCUCCUCCACCAGCCGCCUUCUGUGACUGACUGCUGCUCUCCGGCCUGCCACAGGAGCAUCCUGGUAACCUGAGUGAACCGACGGUGCUGUUUGAGACUGCCAGUUGAUGCAGGCUGCUUUCCGCCCGCCUCUGCUAAAGUGCCCUGCCCCCAGCUUCGCUAGAGGAUGCCUCUCAAGAAGGCUUGAAUGUCAUUGACUCUCUUCUCCCUGCGACAUGCAACUAUGUGGGGAGGAGGGGGGGUAGUGGGGGAACUGGGACCCCUGUCCUGCACUGGACUGGCAAGACUGUUUUCAUUCUCUGAAGCACACUUGACUAGAAACCAGCCUGACUGUUUACUUUAGCUCAUUUAUUCUCUAGCUUCUUUCUUUCUUUAAAAAAAAAAAAAAAAAAAAAGUGGUGUUUUAAUGUGGGUGUGUAUGUAUGUGUAUAUACACACACACACACACACACACACUGUUAAAGGAGUGUUUAAAGAGAGGUUAUUUUUAGAUUCUAUAUUUUUUAACAAUAGUCCCUGCAUAAGUCUGAUGUCCAGUUAUUUGUUGCUGUAUAUUGUAUGUGCUGUGUUUGCUUCAAGGAAAUAUGUUCUGAGGUAAUGUUUUUGUUGCUGUCUCCAGAUUGUACUUCUUUGAUAACAUAUCAAUCCUAAAGUACGAGGGCUAUAUUCAGACCUGGAUGUGUGUUAACCAAGCUAACCUUAAGCGAAAUGAUAUCUAAUGCAUACUUUAGGUGGUAUAAUGCUAUACCAGUACAGAGGGGUCGGGUGUCCUCAGCUGGAGCCGUUAUGGAUUUUGAGUAGAAUUAUUUUUGGGAAGCACUGUUAUGCCUUACUUUGUGUGGGAGCUGGAACUUCAAAUGCUUGUAGUUCCAUUUAUAUGAAAUGAUUAGAUGGAUUGCUUUAUCUCCAUGAGCCAUCAGUUCGUAGUGUACAUGAUGAUCACUGAAGUGUACUGGAGACAGAACACUCAUUUCCCUGACCCUGGGAGAUUGACGCUGGGUUAAAAAAAAAAAAAAAAAAAAAAAAAAAAGCAGCAGUGCUUUGUUUUUUCCCCCAAAGCUUCCACGGUGUUCUGGGUUCCCUGCAGUUCUGACAUGAACGCAGGAGGCAGCUGAGGAGUGGGCACUCUGCUGGGGGCUGUCGCUUUCACACAGCUAAACUGCUUGCAGCCAGUAAGCUUUAGGGGCUCUUUUCAUGUUUCAACACCCACACACCCAUUAGGGUUCAGAUUUCUAUGAUGAUACAAGCUCAACUCUUUUAAAGCUGGCUACAUUUUCUUUUGUAAUGCAUGCAACAAAGGUAGCUACAGGCAAAGCUGGGGCCACUUUAUGUAUUGGUGAACACCAUGAUUGUUUUAAACUGACAAUAGCUGUCGAUGGUAAGUUUUGAUUUUUAUAGGCUAAUUUGGAGGAAAAUUAGAUCAUUUGAUAAAUGUGUUUUGGCAGAGAUGCUGAAUGUAGAUUUGACAGCAGCUAUCGACUUAGGAAUUGUAAACCAACACCAUCCACACACACACCCUAGCCCUAGACUCGGUGAUCCUUUGAGAUGUUAAGAGCUUAAGAUUAGUUUUUCUGACCUAUGACAAUUAGGUCCAGGGGAGGUUUAAAAGGCUGUUUCAAUGAGUUUCUACUGACAUUCGACCCAUUGUGGGUAUUACUGGCCUUACGUGUGUGAAAUAAAUGUUUGUUGUUGAGUUUAUCCUUCCAGUGUGUGUGUUGAAUAAUGCAUAUUCCAAUAAGGAAGACUGAUGUCACCUCUUUGGCCAUGUAGCACUCUGUUACAUUCAAGACAAUGUCAUGCUUCGCUAUGAUGUUCAAACGAUUCUCCCAUAAAUGUAUAAAGUAUUCUACCUCUUUAAAAAUAUUCAGAUGACAGCUGUAAAAUACUCUCUUCCAUAUACGGAAUAUAUUUGGGGGCAGUAUAUGAAGAACAUCUAACUCUAUUUAUGUAGGCCAGUGUUUUGCUUUUCAUGAGCACAUGGGCAUAGUGAAGUGCAAAUGCUGUACAGAUUUUAAAAGAAGAAACAAUAAAACACUAACUUUUGACAUUCUA